UUCCUUUUUUUGCUUUUCCAAAUUAUCCGACCAUGGAAAAGAAGCCGAUAGAAAAAGAAAACCCGGAGUUCGUUUUUAGCUGUUUCGGCCGUGAGAGGGUGGGUAUGGAUCUGAGAUGUGUCCAUGAAUCUGAAUCUCUCCAUAACUAUUUGCUACACAUAGAAUAUAUUAGAAUUACGAAGGAUUGUCCACGAAUUGAUUGGGAUGACCGUGAUAUAGGGCGUGCUCAGGUUAUCGAAAGCCCGAAGUUCAUCAUUACAAUGGUUAAUGAUUUUUGUGUUGGACGUUACAAGCUCAUGAAAACCCAUGAAAAAGAUCGUAAUCUGAAUCUCUUUUCAGAAAAGUUGAGGGAAUUUGAUUCCGGAUUUGUCCGAGAAAAGCCAUUAUCCAUACUUCUUCUGCUUCUCAAUGCUGCUAUCCAAUUGAAGAUCAAAAGCCUCCUGAACCUGGUGCGUAAUGCUAUUGCCGACAUGCAUGCUGGGGAGUUUGCUGUCAAGAUAUCUCAUUAUAUUAAGAAUUCCGAAGUCUUAUGCUACAUAAAAGAACCUUGGACUAUGGAUGGAAUCCCUUUUGAGUCUUCCGAAGAGUGAGUGAGGCCAAGAGCAACAGGCAAACCAAAAGGCAAAGCAAGAGACAAAGCAGAAGGCAGAAAAUACUAGUCAUUAUUAGUACCUGAUGAUGAUGGAGAAGGCGAUGACACAGAAAUGCUUAAGAAGUUGAAGACAGCAGCAGAAUUGUCUUGUGUUUUGGGUGUUAAAAAGAUUAUUAUCAUAUGCUUUUGUUUCCAUAUUUUAAUUUAAUUUGCUUAAUUGCUCUUUAUGUUUAUUUGGACUAAUCACUUAUUAAUAUUAAAAUAUUAAUGUUAA